CCACACAGAACACAUCCUAUAAAAACCCAUCUAAAACCGCCGGAGCCGCUCUGUUUAGCAAUUCAGAAACCAUAAAAUGGCAGCAGAAGAAGAAGUGGCGCUAGAUUUGGAGGAGCUCCGGCAUAUCCAGAGCAUUGCAAAGCGACCCCGUAUCCUCAAUCUCAUCUCCUCCGAAAUCAGCAGUUUAGAAAAGUUGUCAAAAGAGGCUGCUCCUAAACCUACGUUGACAACUCCUACUCCUAUUUCUACGGGCGUGAAGGUGCCUUCCACUCCAGCUCUGAAUUAUGUAACACUCGGGUCAUUCAGCUGGGAGCAAGAUACUGAGAAAGUCAAGAUAUAUAUUUUUCUGGAGGGAGUUGAUCAGGAGAAAAUGGAGACUGAGAUUAAGCCUACUUCCAUUGAUAUCAAAUUGCAUGAUGUCCAAGGAAAGAACUACAGAUGUGCUAUACCUAAACUCCAUAACAAGGUUGUGCCAGAGAAGUGUAAGGUGCUAGUUAAGCCUACGAGGGUCGUGAUCACAUUGAUUAAAGCUUCAAAGGAGAACUGGCUGGAUCUGCAUUUCAAGGAGGACAAGCUAAAGCCAAAUCUGGAUAAAGAGAAAGAUCCAAUGGCAGGAAUUAUGGACUUGAUGAAGAAUAUGUACAACGAAGGGGAUGAAGAAAUGAAGCGAACAAUUGCCAAAGCAUGGACUGAUGCGAGAUCUGGAAAAACAGCUGAUCCUCUGAAGGGGUUUAAAUGAGGACAAAAUUCUCUAGGUUUGAAUACGAGUAGGCUUUUUGUUUCCAUCUAGUGAUAUUUUCGCCUGCUUAUGUACUAGUCUUUGUGGGAACCUUGUGUUUGAAUCCUUAUAUGUUGUUAUAAGAAGAUUCUAUUGUUAAAAGAUUUUCUAAACUUUUCAAAAAGUCGUGUGGUUUCCUUGUUCUUCCUGUUUUCACUUCACUUUUAUCGUACAAGCAAGACUAUGAUCUGUGGUAC